AUGAAUGGACACACCCCGUCACCCCUCAGAGAUGCUAUGGAGGGUGUCAUGUCCUCACUAGAAGACAUGGAGUUAUCUGGAAGGACUUCCCCUCCUUCUCCGCAAUCAGAUCUAAGCAAUCCAUGGUCACCGGACGAUUAUAACAGUAUUCAUGAGAGAGCAGCUUCACGCAGCGGGGCUCGAUCUUUGACGUCUCUGGGUUUUGAGAGGAGUAAAGAUCACUACGGAGAUGAAGGACAGAUCCAUCGAAAUAACAGUCUUUACACUCAUGACAAUUAUCUCCUAGACGGUCCACCCCAGCUCAAUAACUAUGUGCAACGAAUGGAGAGCAGGCUACGACAAAUGCAGGAGCAGAGUCGAAGAUCUUCGCAUGAAAUACAUUAUCCAGAAGAAGAUGAUGAGGAACCUCCGCCGCCGCCACCGAGAAAUGUCCCUUACCGCGGAGGAUACAAUUCGAUUCCUGUUCGCUUCUCAGCCCCGAGGCAUCAAAGAUCAGGAUACGAGAUCCAAGAGGAUAUCCUCAAUCGUUCUGCCACAAACAAGUCAACUGCUACUUCUUCAACCGGCGUACAGAGCAACUAUACCAGUAUGACAACGGGCACUGAUGAGACCAGCCAAAGCAUGAUGAGCGGUCCGUCCGCUGGUGGGUUUAGUGCUACAAGCGCAGCAAGUUACGCAAGAAGAGGAUCAAGUGUGCGACCUAAUACAGCUGUAGUCACCUCCCGCUCUCGAGGUUUUAGUGAUGUCUCCAGGAUGUCAAGACCAGAGACCCCCCUGACCGGUAUUUCUUACCACUCCAGUCAUAACACCUCUCGGCAGGGUGCUUCGUCGGCCAUUCCUUGGUCAUCCACUGGUGAUAUCAGCCCUGAGGAGUCGGCUGGUGUCUUUGGUGGUCUUUCUACCCCUAAAGCAAAGAAACAUGGUUUCUUCAAGAAAAUAUUCGAAUCAGCAAAGACCGGGGCCGCUAGUGCUAGGAACAGUUUUGUCACCGGGCAGGGGUCUCUUUCGCCAACAAAAGGUAGAAUUGCAGACACUUUUGUGCCGGAGAAUUCUGGUCGUGAUGCAGCACGAGAUAUUGGCCUGGGCGGUGGUUCUAUAGACUGGGUUCAAGUCCGACGGGACGUUAACCGUGCGAUCUCCCCAAGCCGGCAUGAGAGGGUUGAAAGGGCUGAAAGAUGCCAGAUGAUGGACUAUCCUGUUAUCUACGCGGUGGAAGAACUCCACGAGACUGCCGAAGGCGACGAAAGCAUUGAUGGACUACCAAUCAGUGAGCCUACGGAUUUCUGCGCGGCUAAUCUUCCCCUCGUUGACAAGAGCGCUCGGUUCGUGACCAAUCUUCCUCCAAUGAUUAACCCGGUUACUCUCUCCCAAGCCUAUGUCUGUCGACCUUACAAAACAGAUGUUCAGCGACUUCGUGCGAUCUUCACUUGGGUUAGUGAGAAAAUUGCCUGGGAUGAGCCUAUUGAUGAAAUGGAUGUCGAUAUCAAAAGGGUCCUGCACACUAAGAGGGGAAGCCCUCAAGAAGUCGCGAUUCUCGUUCAAGAAAUGUGUGCAGCAGUUGGUCUCCAUGCGGAGACGAUUCAAGGCUACCUAAAGACUCCUGGAGAGCUUUUCGAGUUUGACAGCCUGUCACGACCAAAUCACUGGUGGAAUGCUGUUCUUGUCGAUGGCGAGUGGCGGAUUAUGGACUGCUCUUUGGCGAACCCGACAAACCCCCGGAGAAACCAAUUCGUCACUAUUAAUUCUCAAGCGGCUGAAAGCUGGUAUUUCCUCGCACGCCCGCUUGAAAUUUGCUAUACACACGUGCCACUCUACCCCGAGGAGCAACAUAUUUGCCCACCCAUAUCGCCAGACGUCCUGUUAGCUCUCCCUACAGUUUGCCCGCCUUUCUUCAAGAAUGCCAUGCAGUUUCCCGAUUAUGACACCAGCCUCAUUCGUAUCGAAGGCUUGGAAGUCAUGCAAAUUCGCCUUAUUCUUCCACCAGAUGUAGAAUGCGCAGCCGAGGUUGAAACACCUUUGUUCGCAACUGACGCGGAUGGUGACUUCUUUGAGAGUGGAGAUGUUGUGCGAAAACGUGCCCUUGUGCAGCCUGACUGGCUGAACGGUCAGAAGCGGUUCACGGUCAAGGCAGUUUUGCCUGGCGAUGAAGGCCAGGGAGUCCUCAAGAUAUACGCAGGCAAGAGAGGACUCAUGCAUUCAUGCCGAGACAUCCCGCAUCCUCUUGCCCUUGCACUCCCAAUUAUACAAACUGGGGAGAAUCCGCCAUACGAUUUUGUAUUGCGUCAUCCAACGCCUCAUGCUCAACGCCAUGACUUGUACAUCAUGCAGCCUCAAUGCUCCCGACUUGCGGUCAAUAAUACUUUUGUCUUUGCCGUUCGUCAACAUCCAUCUACUCCGAUCUCUCCAAGUGGAAACGAGUCGAAUGGUAACGGGCGCCUUUCACCAUCUGUCUUCAUGCGGCCUGCUAGCUCCCUGAGCAUGGUAUCCAGUUCUGCUGGCGGUUCUGUUGUUUCCAAUGAAUUCUCUGCAUCGACAUCUGCCAUAUCAUCGCGAUUAGGCUCGGGAAGAGAGAAACCUGCGAAGCUCGCCAUCCAAUCACCGUCUGGCAAGAUCAUGAGGUUGACUCGAAAAGCUGAUCACAUGAUCUCGUCCACAAGCACUGCAGACUCCGCAACAGAUGUUACUGCCGAUGGUAGCAUCUGGGAGACAGUCAUAAAGAUCGGCGAGCGUGGUGUCUGGAGAGGACUUGUCCUGGCUGACCGAGUUGCCAGAUGUCCCACUUGA